CCACUGAAUGUAUUAUAUAAGUAUUUGAUGUCCUAAUGAGGGAGCAUUAUUUCAAAUGAACGGUGAAACUGGAGUUAAAGCAAAAGCUGGCACGUGGCGCAGGUGUCGAAAGCUGAGUUGAUAGUGAGCGACCGUGUCACGAGGACGGAUGCCUGCCUUGUCCCCAUCAAUGAUGAAGUGACAUCAACUGUGAAAUUGUCCAUUGAUGACCAGGGGAGGGCUUGUCCAUGUGUAUAUAAAGGCCAGACACCCACUCCCACCACCAAGACUGAUCAACAAGUUUGACUCCUCUGUCCAUGUAUUUGUAGGCCGAGCACAACAACAACAAAUCAAAAGCCAUUUUCUGGAUAUAAGGACAACACUGCUCAUCAUCAGCAUGUUUGUGCUACGCUGCUUUGAAACGACCAUUUUAGUGCUCCUCUUUUCAAGUUUGCGCACAGAUGCGAAACCGCUGAGAAAGAGAACCAUCAGCGAGGUACAGUUAAUGCACAAUGUGCAGGAGCACAAACAAGUGGGAAACAGACAAGAAUGGCUCCAGGGAAGGUUAAAUGACAUUAUUGUUACCAGUGCUGACCCUCAACAUGGACAACCCAAAAUAUACUCCAAAAAGACGUUCUUGUGGGAAUACUGAACUGACCAUUACUCUCUACUGAGCAUUUGCUGUCUGUUUUUAUUGAUUACUUUAUUGAAUUCAGUGUUUCUUGUAUUUAUUAAUAUGGGUGAACAUUUAUGUAUUUUCUUUUUUCUUUCAGUAACAAAGUGUACAUUAAUCUGUUGUUUUCAUUCUGUUGCCAAGCAAGAUAAUUUAAAGUAUUUAAACUGUAAAUGAAUUCAACGGACCAAGUGCUUGUCUUAGUGACAUUUAUAUAUGUUUUAACUGUGCUUGUGUAUGCUGUUUUUUUUUGUUUUUGUUUUUGUUUUAUCAACCAACAAAUGGUAUUUUAUUUAUACAAUUUGGUUAGAUGAUCAUUGACUUUCCGUAAUGUUAUACUUUUUGUUUAAUUGGAAGUACAAAUACACUUUACUGGGGCAUGAAGUACAGCCAAUAUCCAAUGUGCUGAUGAUGUAUGUUCAUUUGGAUAAUAAUGCAUACGAAACUCAAUCUCUAUGAAAAGACUAGUCAGUAUUGUACUUUAGUUCAAUUUAAAACAAAGCAUUUUGACUAUCGGAUGUAAUUUUCAUUGUCUGACCUUAAAAUGUUUUAAGAACUUUUCUUAUUAGUUGUAGUUUGACUGCAACUGAAUUAAAUUAUAGGGUAUACAUGCUUAAAAAAAUAUGUUGUCGGAGUACCCAAAACGGUGAGUUAUGAUUUCUGUGGAAUUUUGCAGAAAUUAUUGUUUAAAAAUGCAAACAGAUGCCGAUAAACAAAGUGUUGCACAUUGA